AUGCUGACAGGAGUUAUGAACUACACUACCAAGGCUUUCUGUAUAGAGCAAAACGGAGACCGUCGUCACCCAGAGGAUCAGUGUCCAGGAAAGUUGGUUAAGCUCAAGCCUUGCCUGAAGGAUGGACUACUUAGAGUGAGAGGACGACUCAUCCACUCUCUUAGUAGUAUUGAUGUCAAACAUCCAAUAAUUUUGCCAAGUAAAUCCAUGGCUGUGAAAUUAAUGGUGCAGUGGAAGCAUAAUAACUUAGCACACAGUGGCCACAAUUAUCUUAUGGCAGAGUUACGCCAAAGGUUCUGGAUUAUACAUGGCAAUGCAGUGGUACGCUCUGUCAUCCGGAAUUGUGUGAGGUGCAGAUCUCUCAGUGCUCGGCCAAUGAUCCAAGAGAUGGCUGAUCUACCCGAAGACCGCAUCACGUCAAAUGUACCUCCCUUCACACACACUGGGACCGACUGUUUUGGGCCCUUCCUAGUUAAGAAAGGCAGGUCAAAUUUGAAACGUUAUGGAGUCAUAUUCACCUGCUUGGUGACUAGAGCCAUCCACAUAGAAGUGGUGGAGUCAAUGGAAACUGAUUUCUAUAUUAAUGCUUUUAGAAGGUUCAUUGCCAGGCGAGGCCCGGUCACCUCCAUCCGGUCUGACAAUGGGACAAAUCUUGUGGGAGCUGAGAAGGAGCUUCGCAAAAACUUGAGAAAUUGA